CACACACACGCCUCCACUCAGAGACGACUGCUCCAGGUCUGCCUUUUAUCCUCAUCCUCUGCCCGAACAAUUCUGAGAUGUCGGACUCAGUGAAAGAUAAACCGGUAAAUCCUGAAAACCCCCUCAGGUCGGACAGGAUCCACGUUAUCCUCAGAAGCGUCUCGGAGAGCAGAGCGUUCUCCGUCAGAGGAGACUGCACCGUCACACAGCUGAAACUGUGUCUGUCAGAGCGGCUGUGUGUCCCAACAGAGCAGCUGGUGCUGACCCACUCCGGACGGGUUCUCAGGGAGUCAGAACUCAUGAGUCACCUUAAAGAACAGGAAGGAUCAAUCAGCCUCUGCAUGAUUCUAAGGCCUGAACCUUCAUCUGCUCGGACCUCCAGUGAUCCAGUUUCAGAACCUGUUGAGUCAGAGCUAAAAGCUGGUCCUGACCCAGAGCCCAGCCAAACACCAACUCCCACCUCGCCACUCUGCUCAGCUGAGGGUUUGGACAGUCUUGGCUCUGAAAACAGCAGAUCCAGCUUUCUUACUGCCCUCUGGAGCCAAAUGGAGAGCCAGUUACCGAGUGACCCAGAACUGAUGCACUGUGUUCUGGCCAGCCCACUGGUGCAGAACGCCCUCUGCACCUCCAGCCCUCAGCUAACAGGACAACGCUCUCUGUCUAAUCCUCAAAUUCAGCAGCUCCUGACAACAAACCAUGAGGUGGAGGACAUGUUGAACAACCAAGAUGCCAUAGAACAGGUGCUGGGACUCAUCAGGGAGCCUGAAAUGACAGAAGAGGUGAUACAAAAAGAAGAUGGAGCUUUAGAAAACAUGUCCAUGGUGGAGGAUAACCCUGCAAACGCUGCUCUGCAUGUCCUUCAGACAAAUGAUGCAAAAAUGCAGCAACAGGAUCUUAAACAGACUCAGGAAUCAAUGUUUCCAUUAUUCACUACAUCAUAUGAGAGUCACCAGGGACCAGGAGGACGAACCAGCCCAACACCACCUCCGUCCACUGACUCCACAGAUUCCCUCAGAGAGCUGACUGCUUCUCCCAGAACCGGUUCUCUUAAUGCAGGUCUGCAGUCGCUCCUGCAGGAGAUCACAGCCAGUCCGGGUCUGAUGGAGACUCUGCUCUCUGGGCCGCACAUCAACUGUGUUCUGAACUGCCUCAGCCAGAACCCGGACUUUGCUGCACAGAUGCUGUUGAGCCAUCCCUUGUUCUCAGGAAAUGUUCAGCUGCAGGAGCAGAUGAGGCAGCACAUUCCUCUCUUUUUGCAGCAGAUGGAAAGUGGAGAGCUGCUGUCCAUGAUGCUGAACCCCAGAGCCAUGGAGGCUUUGCUACAGAUCCAACAGGGGCUGCAGACUCUGGCUGUGGAGGCUCCCUCCCUCGUGCCUGUUGCUGGACCUGGAACCAGUGCUGGUUCUGGUCUUACUGGUUCUCCUCAGCACCCAUCUGAUCCUAACCUGAACAACCAGACUGGCUGCCGUCCUCAGGACGACCCACUGACAGAGCAGCAGCAGUUUGUACAUCAGAUGCUAAAGGCACUGGCUAACACCAACAAUGGGGUCCGUCUUGAGGAAGAGGAGGAUUUCCAGGAGGAGCUGCAGCAGCUGAACUCAAUGGGCUUCAGAGACAGAAAGGCAAACCUUCAGGCCCUCAGCAGCUCAGGAGGAGACCUCUCCUCUGCUCUACACCUGCUCAGUCCUUAACAAUUCAUUUUCAGUUAUUAACAAGUGAAUUACAAAAAAAAAGAUGUAAUUGUAAGCCAUACUUAUACACAAGGUGUCAUCUAAUAUCUAUGUAGUGAUAAAUCACUGGUAGAAACAUGUAUCCACCAACACAACCGAGUAACAGUGCAGAUGUAGAUUAUAGGCGCUGACUAAACAGAACCCACAGGAGAAAAUAACACCUGUAUUUAACUGAAUUAUGGCAGGGAUCUACACCACAUAUUCAUAUUUUAGUAAACAAACCAAGUGUUUGAUAGGAACCAGAUGAAUUAUUUAACAGAAAAAUAGGAGUUUGUAGUGGAGAAAAAAAAUAGAUUUCAUUUUGUCUUCUCUGCUACUUCAGUUCUACUGUACAUGCAGUAGAUUCAUAGCAUCUACAUCAAUAUUUAAAAGCAGGUGAUUUAUUAUGAACGUCGGCACACGGUGAUGCCUCUUUGCUCUGUUACCUCCUGGUCACCAUCUCACAUACCAGGCAGGCGUCCUGUAAGUUCACACAUUUCAUGUGUUUCAGUCUAACAGAUUAAACCUCAAACACAGUAAGUUGUGAUGCGUGUCCCGACACACCCAGGUUGUUCAUGUGUGUUAAUCACAGACUAAAGCAGGUGUGGUUAUGUAAACAUUCAGGUUCUUAACAAAUGUUCACAUGUUGACAUUUAGCUAGAAAGAUAUUUAAUUGUACUUAAUAAAGAUAAACAUAGUUUUCAUCAUAAAGCAAAAAAACAAACUGAGAAAAAAGUUAGGACACCAUAACAGUCUUACCUGUUUUAGCUGUAAUAACUCCUGUGAGGUGCUUCUUUUAGAAGCUUUACUCCACUUUUUACUUUGAGAGAUUUCUUUGAGCAUCUUGUGCUCCGCUCUCAGAGCCAACCUGUUUGGAAAGCCAGUCCUGAACAUGUUACAGGUUCAUUUUAAUGUCCUGCACUUUCUGACUAUCUUCUACACACUGAAAUGGCUAAUUUCUAAUUAUUUUGAGACUUUUUAAAAAUCUCUUUGCAGACUCACGAGCUGAUGAGUAAUGAUCUCUUGUGUGCACCUGAUGUGAUAACUGAUUAUAGUUUGAGCCGUUUUAAGUGGGAAGAAAUGUUGGGGUGUCCUUAUUUAUUCUACACCAGAACUUUAAUUUAUUUUAAAGUAUCUUCUCUUCAGUUUGUAUUGAUUUUUUUUUACAAAUAUAUUUAUUUCAGUGUUGUUAAAAUUGGUAUUUAAUGUCAAUAUAUUUAUUGAUAAUAAAUGUCCAUAUAUCUACCAAAUAAUCAUAAAUGUAACGUUCUAGAUAAAACAUGCUUUGGUGUAUUUAUUUUUCUUGUCCAACAAGGAAAAAAAACACUUUUUUUUACAAUAUAAUUCUUCUUAAAUCAGCUACCUGCUGAGUAGAACCCAACAUAACGUUAUACAGUAGAUAUGACACUUAAAUACAAUUUGGUGAACCUAUUUUAUUUUGAAGACAAGCUUACUGUAGUAUAUUAAAUAUUAUAUGUUACUGUGA